AUGGACCACUUCAAAGCUGCAAAGCUUUUUGGCGUCGAAGGCAUGGUCUUCGUCAUCACUGGCGGCGGAAGCGGUCUGGGAGAGAUGAUGGCGCUUGCCCUCGACACGAACGGGGCGAAGAGUGUCUUCAUUCUUGGUCGCAGGGUGCAAAGCCUGCAGAAGGUGGCAGACAAGGCGAUCAACAAGUCUGUCAUCCCUGUCGCAUGCGAUGUCACCUCUAAAGAAGCGCUGCAAGCCGCCGUGGACGUGAUCAAGGCCAAGACCCCAUUCGUGAACGCCGUGGUAGCCAACUCUGGCAUUCUGGGACCCCUCACCGCCGUUCCCCCUCGUCCGGCCGACGUGACCCUCUCGGCGGUGCAGGAAGCGCUAUGGGCCACCUCGCUCCAAGAGUCGCAGAGCGUCAUGAACGUCAACACGGUAGCCCCGUUCUACACCUUUGUCGCCUUCAUGGGCCUCUUGGAUGCCGGCAACACGCACCCCGACAGCCGUGGCAAGAAGGAUUUCAUUCAGAGCCAGUUCAUCACCACCCUCAGCCUCGCGUCCUUCAGUCGCAAGGAGAAUGUCGGGUUCCAGUAUAUGGCCAGCAAAGCCGGGCUGGCGCACCUGACUAAAAGUCUGGCUACGAAUUUUGGUCCAAGGGGCAUUCGAGCGAACGCAAUUGCGCCGGGGAUGUUUCUAACUGACAUGACGGACUUCGUUGCCCAAGGCGCCGAUUGGAGCGUGCCCGGCAGUCUUCCGACUGAGAUGGUGCCGAUGACCAGGACCGGGACUUCGGAAGACAUGGCAGGCGCCAUUCUGUUCCUCACGUCCCGCGCCGGCGCAUUCUCGAAUGGCAAUGUGGUUCUCGUGGAUGGCGGAAGCAUCGGGAAUGAACCAGGAAGCUAUUGA